AUGGGUACCCAGCCUGACGGUGAUAACUGUACGUUCAGCUACAAGAUCCUUGGUUACCUGAACAUUGACGACCUGGUCGGUAUUACCGAGAUGGGCUACAAAAACUACACGGAGUUCUGCGAAGACGGCGGUGUGGAAUUCAAGGCCACAAACACUGGCAGCGGCUUCGAGGUUGAAGAGAGCAUUGACUUCUGGCUGAACCCUGGAGAUGAGGAUGCCAACUCGAACCGCACUUCUAUUAUGGUGGAGAUGUACAAUGAACUGGCCAGCAAUGGCACUAGUGCCAAUAUGGAGGCGCUCCCGACGAUCGAGAAACUGACGUCGGCCAACCCCAAGUGCUACGAGAACAGCGAGGCGUGCGCUACGUCCCAAUACGGCUGCAACCGUACGCUUUACUCUCAGAUCUGCGCUGUGUGCUCGUCCGACGCGGAUGGCUGCGAGGCUGCUCCGUCCUCAUUCUCUUUCCCGAAGCUAACGCUGCCCUCCAACAGCUCGUCGGACGGAUCGGGUGACUCGGAUUCGACCACUACCGGCUCGUCGGGCAGUCCCGUGACGGCUUCGCUGGCGUCGGUGCUCGUGGGUGUUGUGGCUGUCGUCGCCAGCAGCCUGCUGUAAGCAAAAUGUCGACUGUCCUGUAUGGCACGAUGGAGUGUCCAACUGCUGUCGAAGCGAAUAAUCAGCGUCGUGCAGACCAGUACAGCCGCAACGUAGGCCAAGGUUUGGGAAUUUCAAGAAACUUGACUUGGUCACCGUCCGAAGUGGUCACACUGCAGCACAUUAUAUUAACUCCUCGUAUUUUUCCUUUGAUGAAUUUGUGUCUUUCUUACUUG